GACUUCCUGUUUCUGUAAACUGUGUGGUUCAGCAGAAGACGACAAGACAACUGGGUGAAUCCAUCUGUUUAAAUUUGUCCAUUUUGUUGCUGUAUUUUAUAUACAGAGUUUGGAGCAGGAGCACAACUGGAUAGACAGUGAAAGGGUAUGAACCUUACGUCAGUGAUGGAAAACUUAACCCUGGCCACCAAUCAUUCAGACUGUUUCUCAGUUGACAGCGCAUCUAGGAGAAGGUCAUUUCUAUUCUUCUACCUGGCCAUCAUCAUCACUGCCAUCCCAUCCAACGCGUUCUCGCUCUACGUGUCAUGGCAGCACAUUAGACAGAAGAACGAGCUUGGGGUGUAUCUGUUCAACCUGGCCCUGAGCGACCUGACCUUCACUGUUGGUUUGUCUCUGUGGCUGGACUUCCUGUGGCGGGGAGUUUGGGCCCAUGGAGGUUACAUAUGCGUGCUCUCUGUCUAUUUUCUCUUCACAAACUUUUACACCAGUGAUGCCCUCCUCUGCUGCAUUGCUCUUGACCGCUACCUGGCAGUGGUUCACCCACUAAAGUACACGUCCUUGAGGAAAGUUGGCACUGCAGCAGCGGUGAGUGUUGCCAUCUGGGUGUUGGUGAUCUGCUUCAAUGCCAGCACCAUCACGUGGGAGGACUCAUACCAGGAAAACAACAAGAUCCCUGUGUGCUUUGACACCUUCCUCCCGAUGUCAGAGAAUCUGGCUCGUGCUAACGUAGUGCGCUUCUUCCUGGGGUUUAUAGUUCCCAUUCUCCUUGUGGUGUUUUCCACCUGGGGGAUCUGUGUGGCGGUGAAAUCUAACCAGGCCACAGAGGAACAGGAACGUAAACGGAUUUUGAGGCUGCUGACGGUAGUCCUGCUCUGCGUUUUGUUCUGCUUUGGGCCCAUCCACAUCAUGAUGCUUCUCCGCACGCUGGUGCACUGUACUGAUGUUGUAUGGUUCCUCUAUGCCUACAAAUUCAGCAUCGCCAUCUCGAGCCUAAACUGCCUUGCAGACCCAUUCCUUUACUGCUUCAUCACUAGAGCGGGACAGGCAAAUGUUAAUCAGCUCAUUCUCUUCUUUCAGGGAAAGCAGAGAAGCAAAAAUAAAGGUGUGGUGUAGAUUUGAAGUAUCAAAUUGUAAAAGUUUAGAGGUUCCUCUCCAGCCUAGAAAAAUACGGUGUCUUCACAUUCAGAAAAAAAUUACACCCCCUUCUUCUCCAUCAUCAUUUUGAAAAAUAUUUUCCACAUCACAUCACAUCACACAUCUGUAAGUUGUUAGACUGUAACAGGCUUCCAAAUUACUUGUAAUAAAAAAAAAUGUAUUCAUUGAAUAUAUAUGUCUUGCAUGCAAAAAUCAAUUACCUGCUGAUGAGCAAUGCAAUCUUCAACAACCAUACCUCAAACAAGUGUAGAUAGUGUAUUUCAUGGCAACUAUUUUUAGCUUCGAAUUAACAAACAUUUUGUGCAGCAUGAAGACAGUAUAUGCAUAACUGACUCAAAAUAAACAACAGUGCCCGUCUUCAUUGUAACAUCCAGUGCAAUUGUAUGGUUUAUUGAUGUUUUUUUUUUUUAUCGUUUUUGGACAACAGUAUGGCACAGAGGAGCAACAUGCUGUAUCUGGCUUUGGCUACAAUCGCAGUGCUUGUUGGUAAAAUCAAUUCAUUGUUUUUGGUCUUGAUAUUAGGUUAAUUUGAUUUAUUGCCAGCCUUAUCUUUUAUGGAGCAUUAGCGGUCAACAUAUUAAUAUUUAGUUCCAUAGCAACUUGAGAUAAAAAUAACUAAGACAAGGUAAAAUUAUCUGAAUAAACAGACCAGUAGAGACGUGGCAGACGUACAGUAUAUAUAUAUAUAUAUAUAUAUAUAUAUAUAUAUAUAUAUAUAUAGGAAGGGGCUGACAGAAGCUUCAUGCAGCCCCACAGGAGCUUCCUUAAUUGCUGUGUUUGCAUUUGGGAUUUACUGCACUAACCACAAAGAUAACAAUAAUCAAAUGCGGUUCAGUGCAAGUGCAAGUGUUUACAUUAAUUUGUCUACCCCCUGCAUGUUUAAAAUGGCAGUUUACUUUGUACAUCUCUAUCAAGGUGCUUUAUUAACGUUAGUCCCUUUAUCACCAUUUUAUCAAACACUGAGCCAGGGUGGAGUGUGGACUAUGUACAUAUCACACUUAUCGUGUGAAACAUUCCCCAAACGGGUUCAAGGAAAAAAAAAAUGUUAGCAGAUUUAAUAAUUUGAAUGAAGGAAGUCAAUGAAUGUUUAAUCAUAGGACCAUAUGAUGACACAUUCUACUGCAGUUUCACUUCAAUGCACUAUUUGUAUUUUUGAUCAGAUAAGUGUGCAUCUAAUCGAGUCAGUGUAUGUGCAUUAAAAAGACAAAAGUGUUGUUUUGUUGUUUCCUGCAAGUAAAAGUACCAUCAUUCUAUUACAGACAUUGAAAGACUACGAGAAAAGUUCAAUGCGAAAUGCCAGAAAUCAUUUCAGGGAUAUAGUUUUCCAUUCAAGCCGUUUAAAUUGCUGUCAGCAAUUGCUCGUGUCCUGUAUGUGGAUGUCCCAGAUUAAAAUCAAUGUUUUCUCUA